UUUCCAGGAAGUUCGCUUCCGGAGCUCAAGCAGCAGUCGGCCAGCUUGGGUUAGAAGGGAGCGAGCGAGAGAGAGAUGGGCGAGGAAGGAAAGGAGGAGGAGAAGAGAGGACUCGAGGGGACGGGCCUCAGCCUUCCCCCAAAUCGCCACGGCAACCUCAGCAGCGCUUCCGGCGAUACCCAUCUCACGGAAAUCCUCCAUAACAUCAGAUCCUCUAAGGCUCCUGCAGUCAUCAAUUAUGGUGCUUCUUGGUGCCGUGUAUGCAGCCAGAUCCUUCCUGCAUUCUGCCAGUUAAGCAAUGAAUUCAAAAAGCUUUCUUUCAUCUAUGCUGAUAUCGAUGAAUGCCCUGAAACAACACAGAGUAUACGGUACACCCCAACUUUCCAUUUUUAUCGUGAUGGAGAACGGGUCGACGAGAUGCUUGGCGCAGGAGAAGAGAGGCUGCAUGAUCGGCUCUGGUUGCACUCUUAAGAAUGAAUGCCAUAAUGUAUAAAGUUUGAGUACCAUCCUUUGUGGACCAUCUAAUUUUGUACCUCAAUAUAUGUUUUUCUUCUUAAAUGCUUAUAUUGCUGAAAUGCUCGAUGUUUUAAGUAAGACUUAUGGGUGCGGACAAGUGCAUCAAAUCCUGUGAGUUGCAGCUUAGUUAUACAAUCUAUGAAUGAUUACAGAUGAAUUCUUUA